AUGGUCCACCUUACAACCUUUCUCUGCAAAUCGUGCCAUGGGGGCCACCUAACCAUCUGCCUCGCCUUGGGUGGCUGCACCAACCGGCUCUUUUACCGCAUCGUGGCUGCUCACAACAAGUGCCCCAGGGAUGGUCGCUUUGUGGAGCAGUUGGGCUCCUACGAUCCGCUGCUCAACAGUAAUGGAGAAAAACUGGUUGCCCUCAACCUGGACCGGAUCCGGCAUUGGAUUGGCUGUGGGGCUCACCUCUCUAAGCCUAUGGAGAAACUUCUGGGUCUUUCUGGCUUUUACUCCCUGCAUCCGAUGAUGAUUACAAAUGCUGAGAGACUUCGGAGGAAGAGAGCUCAAGAAGUCCUCUUAGCGUCCCAGAAAACAGAAUCGGAGCCUGGAGAAACAGAAGCAAGCUGACGUCAGUGCACACAGUUGUGGCUGCAAGGUCAAGGGGCCUUCACAGUUCUUGUGCAGAGCUUUGUGUUGGGUUUGAGGAUCAAUAAAUGGAGGUUUU